UUUUAUAUUAAUUGCAUUCAGAAAAUUGUGAUUUUACUUUUAUUGUUCAAACUUCAAAGCGAAUUACUUCUCUGUUUCCAAUAAGCUUAUUGGAGACUGGAAAGUUGAAAUCGUGAGAAUAAAAGUUUCCCUAUUUGUGUUUCAUCAUAAACAUUUAUUUUGAAUUAUUUUCUAGUUGCCGGUGACUAACGGUGCAUAUAAGUGACACAUUGAAAAUGGCAAAUUGGGCAGCUUUUGGCUCCAUUAUUCUUCCAAAUGUAGGAGGUUGGGCAAAUGGGAUCUUCUUUGCGGGACAAAUUCGAAAGGAAGAUAAAUCCUGGUAUGAUGAACUCAAGAAGCCUUCUUGGAAUCCACCGAAAUGGGUAUUUGGACCCACAUGGACAGUACUUUACAGUGGAAUGGGAUAUGCUUCAUAUUUGGUUUAUGAAGAGUGUGGAGGUUUUACUGAGGAUGCAGUUUUGCCACUGACUUUAUAUGGAGGACAACUAUUACUUAACUGGGCUUGGACACCCAUAUUCUUUGGUCUCAAGGACUUCAAAUUGGCAUUCAUAGAGAUUUCGGUCCUUGGUGGAGCGGCAGUGGCAACUACAGCUGCUUUUGCUAAAGUGAACAAGACAGCUGGUGCCCUAUUGGUACCCUACUUGGCUUGGCUGGCAUACGCCAGUACAUUGAGCUACUACAUUUGGAAGAAUAACCCUAAAGCGAUCAAGGAUGAGAAGGCCCAGUAGAUGUAAACUUGUUGUCAUAGUCUAAGAGUCAAUAUCACAAACAUUCUUCAUAAGGAAACAAGCUUGACUGACUUUAUCUUAAUUUUGUAAGUGCACAUUAUGUCAGCAGAAGUACAUCUUUUGAAAAUAAUAUUCAAACUGGAUAAGGCUUUUUUAUACUACAUUUUCGAUCAUUCGCAAUAAUUACCUAAAAUCAUUUGAUAUCUAUUUAAAAUAGGUAUUGUUUAAUAUCGGAACUGAAAAACCUAUUGGCUAUACAUAAUUGCCAUACCUUAUGCGCUUAAAUAAACCAGAAAUAAAUUCAUAAAUAAACUUCGUAAAACUGCAUAUAAUGUACUUACUUAUAUUUCUGUAUUUUUCACUAGUCUCAAAAAUCAAAGGUUGUUAAAUGUUAUUUUAAGUUAAGCUAUUUUAAAGUCAUGGACUUCUGUCUUCUUGGUUAUUUGAAAAUCAGUUAUUAUGAAUGUUAAAAAAUAAAAACACCUUUAGUAUUUAAGCAUAAAGUAUUGUUAUUCCACAAUUUUGCAUUUUUACGCAUUCCGCGUCUCAUAGACUAAGACUUUAACUUUUAAUAUUACGUUUUCUUUUCGAAUGUAUUUAUUAAUGUUAGAUAAUAAAUAUUAUAUAAUCAA